CUGAAUACCAAUCCAAUUUUGGCCGGCUAAAGUCUUGGGAUGUUUGGAGAUAUUUCUUAGCCAAAAUAUAUAAUAAAUUCUACUUUUCGUGAGUGGUGGGUUACAGUUGAUACUGACACGUUGUGCCCACCUAUGAGCAUGUUUGGUAGCUACAUUUUUAUUUCCAGUUACUUUCGUGAACAUAUCUUGAAAAUAAAGUAAUACGUAUUUUUUAAAAUAAAUAACUUAAUUACUUAUAAGCAAAGCAUGAACCAUGGUUGGUGUCAAAAAAAUAAAAAUAAAAGUAUGAACCAAGGCGGUAUAUUAUGGAGGUAUUCCCUCAUUUCCUUAAAAACUAACUAAAAAAUAAUUGUUUAUGUGUUACCGUUAACACUUAUGUAUUUUGUUUGCAUAAUAUUAAUAAAUGAGUGGCCCAAUAUGUUGAAGUUAAUUGAGAUUUAUGAAUAAUUUCUUUACUAGUUCUUCGCAAUGGGAAUCUGCCGAAUCGGAAUAAUUACUUAAAUUUUGUGCUUAGAUGGGGAUUUUCCUGAGCCAGGUAGUAUAAAUUCAAGCUCUGUUAUUUGUGAUGUAAUGCUAAAGAUUACCUCUUUGUGUUUGGAGAUUUGUGAUUAUGUUAAACAAGUCUAGACACACAACUUUUAGGGUAAUAAAGGUGAAUUAGGUGCGACACAUGGCCCACAUCAAUUGUUAAGAAAAGUGUGUGCUGCCUAGCACUUCGACAGAUAGUGGGUUGGAGUUAAUGUGCCUUUUUGAAGCAAAAACAUUUGUUAUGAUUUCAUUGGAUCUGUUCAUUCGUGCUUAGAUGCCUAGUCUAGAGCUCUUCAUAUGUACUAAUAUUGAAGAAAUUACUAGAUAACUAUUUAUAUAUAAAUUCAAUAAUAGUUGCCGUUACCGUCACAAUCUGUGAAUGUUAAUUAAUUUGACUGCAUAAACUCUGUGUCUAAUAAUUCCCUGUAUUUGUGCAUAUCUGAUAAAUGUACGUGGGAUUAUAUUUGUUCUGUGAAUCAAAAUGGGUUGAAUAUACCAUUUUUUUUCCCCUUUUGAAACUAGAACUAAUUUACUCUGUGGUCGCAAGCUUGUAAUUUUUUUUCGAUCUUAGUCCUCGAAUCAAGGUCUUAUAUCUCUUCCCGAACUGCUAAAUUGAUGGCUGAAUCUUAGCUUCCAGAUUAAAUAAGGGAGUUACUUACAAUUCAACAACAAAAAUAUUUUUUGAGUCUCCUGUUUGAAUUGAACAUUUUCUAAUAAUUAAUUUUAUGACCCCACCUCUUUUUCACAUGUGGACCACAUUACCAUCGGAUAACGAAAAGUUAUCAUCCUUGUUUGUUUUGUGCAUAUAUUUGGUCGUUUACACUUCACAGCUUUUCUUUCCCCCUAUAUCAAACAUCAAGUAUAGGAAAUGUUCUAUGUUCAUUAUUAAAGGGAUAAAGCUUGGUUGGUGGCUAGUCCAUAUCUCAUGAUUGGAUUUUUGCUGGUCAUGUGACAAUUGUCCCAACCCUAUGGACACUGAAUACUCUCAAGUGUAACAAAAACCUUCUUUACGUUUCACUAACCUCUCAUUAGAGUUUAUUACUAUAUAAUUUUCAAUUUUUUGGUAUGUUUUCAUUUUAUGUUCUCUAGAUUUAAUUUCAAGAUUAGGGAUAGAGGGUGUCAAAUUCAGUUUGGUUGGAAGAAACUAACAAAUGCUAUGAGGGGUGUGCACGUUUCGGUUUAUGACAAGAACCCAGAGGAGCAUGUCUGCCCUACUGUGGUACCAGAUGACUUAAUCGCACCCCAAUCUGACAAAUAUUGGGCUCCUAACCCGCAGACUGGCGUGUUUGGCCCGGAAACUGAUCACAACCCAACUGCAGGUUCCCCUAUAACUGCAAGUGGUGGUGAAGAUUCGGUUCUGGAACAGAAGGCCUUUUUCCGCCCUCUCGAGGAUUUGGAGAAACCGCCCAAUCCUUGAGUUGCAGAAACAGCUGGAGUUGUCCUACUAUAAAUAACUUCAUCGUGGAGGCUAUAUUUGUGUGACUAGCAUAUAUAUACCUAUAUAUAGUACAGUGGAAUAAAACUGCUUUAUGUUUAUAAUCUUGUGAGUAACUGGCCUGAAGUCGCCUUUAACCUAAGGUUGUUGCUACUAAGUUGUGUAUUUAUGGUUGGAUUUUAUAUCAGUAUCCUGCUUUGUGAAAGAAUUUGGCUGCUUUUAUUUGCC